CAGCAAUAACCGCCAACAAGGUCACACGCCGAUAGUACAUAGCGUACAGACAACCAAACAACAAACCAGCCAGAAUGGACCCCCAAAACGAGACCUUCUGGCCCAACAUCCGGCGCUACCUCUCGCUCCCCGCCUCCCAGCAGUCUGCCGCCACAAAACCCAACCCCGAAUGCACCAUCUGCCUCGCCAGCUCCCUGAAAUGCUACCCCCUCAACAACCACGGCGCCACCGCCACCAAAGACUCAGAAGGCAACGACCUCGAACGCAUGGCCAUCCUCUGGUGCGGCCACGUGGUCGGCUACGACUGCAUAACCGACUACAUGACCAGCUGCUACGCCAACUAUUCCCAGUCAAGGCUUGAACAGGACCUGCCGCGGUGCCCGCAAUGUCGCGAGUCUUUGACCAAAGAUUGCGAGACUCCUUAUUUCGAGGGCGACGUCGACCAGGACCGGUACCAAUUUAUGAUCCCCUUCGUCAUUGCGCCCGCCGGUGCGCCCGUCCCGGGCGGGCCGUCGGACAAUGGGGAGAACUUCGAUGAGUCUAGUCCCGUGCAUUUCAACAUUCUUGACGAGGGCCAGCUGCAACCGAUUGCUUUUAGUUUUGAUAAAUGGCAAGAUAUCCCGUUGACGAGGGGGGAGGGCGGUGUGUUGCCGGCUAGUUGUAGGAGUUGUGAUCCGGAGCUUUAUCGUGCUGCUUAUCGUCAGUAUCUGGCGCAGCAACAACAACAGCAGCCGGUGAAAAUGGUUAUGAAUAACACGCUUUAUGCAACAAAGGGAGCACCCCGUCUCGUGCCGGCUCCGCGGUCGUCCAUCUUUCAGGCUCCUCCCAACAGACCCUCACACAACAUCUGGAAGCUGGGGUUCUGCGUCAUGGCGCAGGUUCCGAUGAAGGAUGGAACGGAUAACUGGGAGCUUCGGCGCAUGCGUGUGGCGGCUAAAAUGAUGUAUUUUGCGACCAUGAGGGACGGGACUCCGGUGGAAAUUCCGUUGGAGCCGCGGUGUUUAGGGCCGCCGACGUGGGGACCGAUUCGGUUCGGACGACAUCCGGGUGUGCCGCCUCAAUGA